GGAGGAGGAAGCCCUUCCCUCUGCCACACGUGUCCCUCUGCAUGCCGAUCUCUGCAUCGAUGAUCGGAGACUCUCCGCACGUGUCGCCGCUCUCUGACACCCAGCUUCCUCCUCCCCCCUUAUAACUAGGUCUCUCCCCCACCGCCCUCGCCUCACUCAUCUUCUACCAUGGCGGAGAGGCAGGCGGCCCCCACCCCAGCGUCUGCUCGCCCCCAGCGGCACUGGCCCAGUGACGACGCCUCCGGCGGGCCGUGGCAAGGCCUCCUCCGCCUGAUCCGUCAGCACGCGCCGCCCAACUCCACCCGCCUUCUCGGCCUGCUCACCCUCGUGGUGUCCGGCGGCAUCCUCCUCGCCUUGGCCGGCAUCACCUUCACCGGCUUCGCGCUCGCCGUCGUCUUCCUCGGCCCCAUCCUGCUGCUCACCAGCCCGGUCUGGGUGCCGGCGGCCGCGCUCGUGUUCGGGGCGACGGCGGUGGUGCUCUCGGCGUGCGGCUUCGGCGUGGCCGCGGUGGCGGGGGCCACGUGGGUGUACCGGUACGCGAUCGGGAGGCACCCGGUGGGGUCCGACCGGGUGGACUACGCGCGCAGCAGGAUAGCCGACACGGCGAGCCACGUCAAGGACUACGCGCGCGAGUACGGCGGGUACCUGAAGGGCCGGGUGAAGGACGCGGCGCCCGGGGCGUGACCGGCAGGCAGGCAGCCAGCCACCGCCACGUUCGUCGAUCGUUCCUUCUUCAUGUUCUAGCUGCAUGCUUUUGUCUCUGUUACUCUAAUUAAUUUUACUUUACUUUGCUGUAAUUAAUCAGUAGCGAUGACGGUGACUAAGGAAGGAUUCCAUAUAAA